AUGAAGUUUUCUGCUGGUGCCGUCCUGUCAUGGUCCUCCCUGCUGCUCGCCUCCUCUGUUUUCGCCCAACAAGAGGCUGUGGCCCCUGAAGACUCCGCUGUCGUUAAGUUGGCCACCGACUCCUUCAAUGAGUACAUUCAGUCGCACGACUUGGUGCUUGCGGAGUUUUUUGCUCCAUGGUGUGGCCACUGUAAGAACAUGGCUCCUGAAUACGUUAAAGCCGCCGAGACUUUAGUUGAGAAAAACAUUACCUUGGCCCAGAUCGACUGUACUGAAAACCAGGAUCUGUGUAUGGAACACAACAUUCCAGGGUUCCCAAGCUUGAAGAUUUUCAAAAACAGCGAUGUUAACAACUCGAUCGAUUACGAGGGACCUAGAACUGCCGAGGCCAUUGUCCAAUUCAUGAUCAAGCAAAGCCAACCGGCUGUCGCCGUUGUUGCUGAUCUACCAGCUUACCUUGCUAACGAGACUUUUGUCACUCCAGUUAUCGUCCAAUCCGGUAAGAUUGACGCCGACUUCAACGCCACCUUUUACUCCAUGGCCAACAAACACUUCAACGACUACGACUUUGUCUCCGCUGAAAACGCAGACGAUGAUUUCAAGCUUUCUAUUUACUUGCCCUCCGCCAUGGACGAGCCUGUAGUAUACAACGGUAAGAAAGCCGAUAUCGCUGACGCUGAUGUUUUUGAAAAAUGGUUGCAAGUGGAAGCCUUGCCCUACUUUGGUGAAAUCGACGGUUCCGUUUUCGCCCAAUACGUCGAAAGCGGUUUGCCUUUGGGUUACUUAUUCUACAAUGACGAGGAAGAAUUGGAAGAAUACAAGCCUCUCUUUACCGAGUUGGCCAAAAAGAACAGAGGUCUAAUGAACUUUGUUAGCAUCGAUGCCAGAAAAUUCGGCAGACACGCCGGCAACUUGAACAUGAAGGAACAAUUCCCUCUAUUUGCCAUCCACGACAUGACUGAAGACUUGAAGUACGGUUUGCCUCAACUCUCUGAAGAGGCGUUUGACGAAUUGAGCGACAAGAUCGUGUUGGAGUCUAAGGCUAUUGAAUCUUUGGUUAAGGACUUCUUGAAAGGUGAUGCCUCCCCAAUCGUGAAGUCCCAAGAGAUCUUCGAGAACCAAGAUUCCUCUGUCUUCCAAUUGGUCGGUAAGAACCAUGACGAAAUCGUCAACGACCCAAAGAAGGACGUUCUUGUUUUGUACUAUGCCCCAUGGUGUGGUCACUGUAAGAGAUUGGCCCCAACUUACCAAGAACUAGCUGAUACCUACGCCAACGCCACAUCCGACGUUUUGAUUGCUAAACUAGACCACACUGAAAACGAUGUCAGAGGCGUCGUAAUUGAAGGUUACCCAACAAUCGUCUUAUACCCAGGUGGUAAGAAGUCCGAAUCUGUUGUGUACCAAGGUUCAAGAUCCUUGGACUCUUUAUUCGACUUCAUCAAGGAAAACGGUCACUUCGACGUCGACGGUAAGGCCUUGUACGAAGAAGCCCAGGAAAAAGCUGCUGAGGAAGCCGAUGCUGACGCUGAAUUGGCUGACGAAGAAGAUGCCAUUCACGAUGAAUUGUAA